AUGAGUAGAAAAGGCACGAAGAAGGAUUUCGAAGUAGCGCAAAACGUCAGAAUUGCAGAAGCUACUAGAGCAACGAUGCAAGUACCGACGAAUUCCUCCCUGGUGGGUCUGAGAGGCAUUAGCAAAGGGCAAAUUCCAGCGAUACAGCCAAGCCGCGUACAGAACAAAGUACGCGGCGAUGAUCCAGAACGGGCUGUGUUAGGUUGGUCAGAAGGAACGCUUUCCAAGAUUGACACCCGAGUUAAACCUACCUGGACUCUUUUCACUAUACCUGGGCCUGCGUUCGAUGUACCUGGGCCUGCGUUCGAUGUACUUGGGCCUGCGUUCGAUGUACCUGGGCCUGCGUACGAUGUAACCGGGCCUGUUUUCCCAUUUUCCAGUGAUGCAAGCCAAACUACAAGCGCGACAGCGAGUAUCACGCUGCACAUGAAAAUGACAUCAGGAGAUCGCAAGAAGAAGAGCGCUGAAAACCAUGCCACUGCAGUAGUUGAGCUACUUGUUAUCAGUGGUGUGUGGAGUAGCUCUAGCUGGGAUCUGAAGGACUGGCUGUUCGUGGUGGCCUGCAGUCGAGACGAUCUCUGCGAGCAGGAUCAUCUUUUGCAAGACAAGAUCAAAUGGUGUUUGCCUGAUGGCACAUCUCUCCUGACUUUCCCAUCUGAGGACUUCGAAAGUGUGACGAUAAACGAAUUCCUGUACAUCUGCGAUGUCGACGCAAGAGAGCUUGCCAUGACCCUUAGCGACCAGAGUCUUCAGUACAUCGAGAAGAAGCUGUUCCUGCACCGCUGCAACGAGGUACGAGUCUGGGAUGAUAGACAAGGAGGCUUCCAUCGCACCAAAGAGCCAUCAGAGUUGCUUCUACUGCGUUCGCAAAAUACCAAUUCUCUGCACCAUAUUCUCGACUCUUACAUGACGGACAUCAUCUCAGGCAUCAUUUCCAAUUCAAUUGAAUUGGCGAGACAGAUUCCCGCUUCCACGAGUGCUGAGUUAACAGAAAACAUCCGGCAAACCAUGCAGUCCUUGACCUCGCUGCGUGCAGAGCUCCUUUCAGUGGUGAGAGGCAGAGAGGAGCAAGAUACAGCCAUGCUCAUAGUAUCAUCUUCCAACGAUACUCUGCUUGAGCACUCGCAAUCAGAAGGAUCAAUCUUACCUGUCGUAGAGGGAUCCAUCAGCUACAGUGCAAGUAGGUUGCAACUAUUCUUGAAUGAAACAUCUGUUGGCGAUCGACUGACGCAGCGCUCAGCCUGUGGUAUGCAGCGCAAAUGGCCCCGUGAGAGACUGGCAGCACUGCUGGCGGAUUGGAGAACGUUCCAUCGCAAUCAGCUCCGUAUCUUAUGCAUGGGUAGCCAAGGCGCUGGUCGUACCAUGCUCAUUCCCAGUAUGCUGCGAACGUUGAAUCCUGGUCAAAUGAGUGCUUCCGAAAAACAAAGCAGCAAAACGACAGAUCGGCUCCUUAGCUACGAGAAGCACAGCUGGCAUGACUCGAAUGCUAGCAUGAGAGACGAAGAUACCCGGCCUAGCGCAAGGAUCUGGGAAGCUGCUAGAGCAACUUCUAAAGCUUCAACAUUCUUGAUGUUGGCCGCCGCUUCUGCAACUGUCUCGACUUCCUGGAACAACGCAAACAAUAGUGCUAUCACCAAAUCCAGGCCGCCAGCCACAGACACCGAGCUAUGUAAAAGGCUUUGCCUACCUGCGCUGAAUCCGAACUUGGCCGAAUUUGCGUUGGCCGUAUGUGCAUACUCAAUUGCAGUGAUGGCGUACGCCCACCAAUGUCGUGAGAACUUUUGGCAAGACCAGAUCAUACUGCUUGCGCUCUUGACAAGCAUCUCUGCCGGAUUAUGGCUCGGAUAUGACCUGCAGACUCUAGUCCUCGGUAUCAUGUCCUGGGCCGUCAUAGCUGCUCUCAUCUUGAGCUCUGCCAGCCACGAGCUCGUACGUCACUCUAGACGAGCGAGACCGUAUCUGCGCGAGCGGAGAUAG